AUGAUUGGUCCACUAAACUUAUUCUUUUUUCUACCAAUUACAGGAAUUGAUAUAACUUAUUAUAGUCAAGUUGUGAAUUUCACAUGUGUUAUUUAUCCAGCUUUAGACCCUCUUCCAAAUAUUCUAAUUAUUGAUGAAUAUCGAAAAACUUUUCUAUCACAUUUUUUGUUUUGGCGCAAAAAUCGAAUCGAGCCAGCUAAUCUGACAAAUCUAGACACCAAUAAUAAAGUAUAA